AUCAACACCUUGCACCAGAAGGCGAAAUGCAUCCAUCCGCGACCCAAAUCCAUCUCAACUGACCCCAGCGACCCAAUCCCCCAAUUUUCUACCCCAGAAGCCUCUUCGAUCGCCCGUCACUCGCCAGCGCGAAUCGCCCUCCCCUCCCGCCGUCAACCAUGGCGACUAUCCGCCCGGACACCAUCUCGGUGAACACCUCCACACCUAUACUAUCUAAUAAGACUCUCCCCACGCCAGUCCCGAUCCUAAAGCCAGCGGAGAAGCGGACGGUGACAGCCCCGAGGAUAGAUGUUGAGCCGCUUUACGCAACGCUGAAGGGCACGAUGGGGGAUGCAGAGUGGGGGGUUUACAAAGCGGCUAUUUCGCAAUUUCUGUUAGGAAAUCUAAACCAAGAAGAACUCUCUCGCCGCCUUUCAACUAUCCUGUCCACACCCGCGCUUGAAAACAUGCAUAACCAAUUCGUGCUGGGGAUUUAUAAUAAUAUAUUCCGUGAUGCGCCUGAACCCGGUGUUGCAAGCUGGGUUUCUGCGAAUGACAAGCCGACGACGACUGCAAAGCCGAAUACUGGUGAUGAGGCUGAGAAGCGAUUGAAGUAUGAGGUUAUGCAGCUGAGUCGACGGGAAAGGAAGAGGUUGAAGACGGUGCAGGAGGCCCCCUUUGAUCCCUUCACGAAUCUCAUGACUGAAUACCAUGACGCGCGACGUAUCAAACAGCCAGACACAGGUCCCGCAAGCGCAGGCGGCUACCAAAAGACAAACUGGGAGCUCGAAAUCCGCAAACACUACACACAACCCCUCUUCACCGAAACCCACGAAUUCCCGGAUUCGGACUCCAUCGCCGCCCGCAUGCUGCCCAUCUGCUAUGAAUACGGCCUGCCCUCAGGCCACACUCCUGACUGCCCCACGUAUAUGAACAUCGCAACUGAAACCUACAUCAAAGAAGCGCUAUCCAACCUCUUCGCACGUGUAUCCGGCAACGGACCGGGGUAUAUCAAAACCGCGGACUUUAAGCGCAAAGUCGAGCGCGAAGAAGACCGGGUUGCGCGCGGGGAGAUUGGGCGGUCUGCUGGCGGAUUGUUACCGGUGGAAGUGGAGGAGCAGAGGAAGAGACGGCCGCUUUGUAUGGAGGAUUUGAGAUUGGCGGUGCAGCUUGGAGAUAGUUAUUUGGGGCAGGUGCCGUUGAUUAUGGGCGGGAUUACGAAUGCACGGUUUUUGGAUACUCCGGGGAUUGAGGGGUUGAAUUUGGAGGAGAAGGGUAUUGCGAAGGUUGCGGCUGUGGUUAAUGGUGUCGGCACUGCCGCUGCCACGAAUGGCAUUCUGAAUCCGAGGAACGGGGCUCAACUAAACGGCACGAGUUCCCUGACAAAUGGCUUCCACGUCGACCUCGGAGACCCCAUGGUCCUCGAUGACGACUGGUCCUGGCAAGGUGGAAGCGUGCAAGAUAUCGAUGGUUUGGAUGGCGUUCUCGACGGCUGUCUAGCUGUCGCGGUAUAACUCCCUUACAAACACAUCUGACUUUCUUAGCACUACGGCGUACAGUUGGUUGGUCUUGCAUUGGGAAGCUGCGUUGCAGGCGGCGUUUUCUCUUAUACUCUCUUUGAUAUUGUGGCGUUUUGGUGCGUCGCUGGAUGUACUAAGCGUGCUACGGCAUAUGGAUUCUGGAAAGAUACCCUGGGGGUCAGUUCGAGUUCUUGGGUCUUCAUGUUUUAUGUAAAUGCUGUCAGGGAUCGGAGAGCGUGUGAGGCGAGUCCUAGAUGUAUAUUAGAGCGAGCACAUGGC